GGAUCAAUCAGAUAUGGUAGUGAGAACUAAAUGUUCGGUACAAAUACGAUGUUUGUACGUAAAAAUCUGGAUUUUUCGAAAUAGUAAAUUAAAUAGACCACAGUGAAUUUGAACAAUGAAUUUGGACAAUUUGGACAAGUGCAUAAUUGCAGUAAAUUUGGACAAAAUUUAAAGUGAUGAUGAUGAAUUUACGUAAUUUUUGUGCGUUAUUUGGACAAUAUUAAUAGGUGAUUUUUUAAUAUAUUUAACAAGAGACAUCUCAAUAUUUUCAGUUAUACCAGAGCCGAAACCUUCAAAAAUCGUAAAAAGUAAAAAACAAAAUAGUAACAUCAUGGAACCCAUUUUUCAAGGAAGAAAACAUAACAGCAAUUAAAGGAAAAAUUAUUCAGUGGCGAUCUGAGGUUAGAAAGUGGAAGUGGAUGAGUUUUUUUUAUAUUUUCCGGCAAAACUGUCUAAACCAUUAUGUAUGCUGAUGACGUUGAAAACGUAGAUCACGUAAUUCUAUCUAGGAUUAGCCUUAAAGAAAUAUCUACGGUAAGUGAUGACGAUCCUCUCGAUAGAGCACAGAGAAAAAGUAUUGUAGUUAACGACGAAAGAAAAUGGAGGCUUUCCUAUUUAAGGAGUCAAUUUGAAUCUUAUCAGUUACAAGAUCUUUUUAAACUGUACACAAAGAAAGUGAAUCAUGGAUAUUUCUCAUUAUAUUUAAUAUUGCAAACGCUUUUAACUAUUACGCAUUUCUCGUUUGUAUUGAGUAAGAAUGUGGACGACCCUCUACCCGUUCUCCCAGAUAUUAUUCUCUAUAUAAGUACGAUAUUACUAUCUCUAAUAUGUUUGUAUAUAAUAGACAGAGUGGCAGAGAAAUACAACAGACUACAGUACGCCACCGGAGCAGCUUUCUGCCUUAUAUUUUUCGUCAAUGGAUUCAUACCGUACUAUUAUAGGGGACAUGAACACUUCCGGCCGGCUUAUUCGCCGUACCUCAUCAUCGCCUGCUAUCUCUUCUUUGCCAUAAAUAAUUUGACGAUGGCAGUUAUGAUGGGGGUGUCGGUGUCUGCUUUUCAUAUUGCAACAUUAUAUUUUGUGACUUACUCGAAUUUAGACCACAUGAUUUGGAAAAAGAUAACUUCUGACGCCAUAUUUGCAUUUUUUAUGAAUUGCUUAGGUGUUUACUACAGAUACAUGAAUGAAAUUGUGAUAAGGAGGAGUUUCCUAGAUAGAAGGGAUAGCAUUAUGUCAACAUUUUUAUUAAAACAUGAAAAAAAGCAGGUGGACCAUCUUAUGCAGAGUAUUAUACCUGAAUAUGUGAUAAACAAAGUGAAGGAGAGGUAUAUAGAGACUACGAAGCAUUUUAUAAAAACGGGACACGUCUUGCAAAAUCCUUUUGACAACUCCUUGCUUGACGAACAUGAAAACGUAUCGAUUCUAUUUGCCGAUAUAGUAAAUUACACAGAAAUGACUGGCACAUUGAAAAUAACUGAGCUGUUAGAUACUUUGAACGAACUAUUUGGACUAUUCGAUGAUUGUUCAGAUAAGCGGCAGGUGACGAGGAUAAAAUUCUUAGGUGACUGCUAUUAUUGCGUCGCUGGCCUUCCUCCAGACGCUGCUACAAAUUCAGCAGAGGCAUGUGUCGAUUUAGGAUUAGAUAUGAUCGCUAUAAUUGCAUCAGUACGGAAAAAGCGCAAUCUCAAUGUCAACAUGCGGAUUGGGAUUCAUAGCGGGAAAAUACUUAGCGGAAUCAUAGGAACUGUCAAAUAUCAGUUUGAUAUAUGGUCCAAGGACGUUGAUAUCGCCAAUAAAAUGGAAAGUGAAGGACGAGCAGGGAUGGUCCACAUUACCAACAUAACAAAGGACUUACUAACAAAAAAAUAUUUAAUUGAGCCAACUGACAAGGGGGAAACUGUACCACAGUUCAAAAAUUGCGGACUUAAAACAUUUUUGAUUAGACCUAACAUAGAAAAGGACCCACUUCCAUCACCGACAUCAGAAAGUUGUCCAAGCAGUCCAACCACAACUCCAGGCAGACCGUCCAUAUUUAAGAAGCAACGGUCCUAUCCAAGCAAUUUAACUCUGUUACAGCAGCUUCAAAGAGUCCCUUCUGUGAUAGAAGAAGAUUCGCCGAAAACUAGUAGUGUUAAAAUUUUUAUAGAUGAUCAGAAAUAUCGCCACAGUGAGGAGAGAAUGUUCAGAAAAAGUAAAAUUCAAAACCAAAGAGCAAGUGAUACUAGGAGGAGUACGAAUACUUUAAAGAGAAGAACUGCUUUUAUGAACAACAAUAUUAAGAGGUAUAAUGAAAGGACGAAUGAUGUAAAUGAGGAGAUGGGGAAAUCUAUAAAUUUGAUUUCAUUCUCAAAAUAUCAGCAAUAUGUUAAAGUAAAAGAUAUAAACGUUCUUCUUCUUUUCAAUAAAUGGAAAAUAGAGAUGGAAUAUUUGAAAAUACCGGAUGCUCUAUUCAAAUAUUAUUUGUUGAGUGCUGCAGCAUUAAUAAUUUGCGUGUACAUUAUUCAGAAUCUGACGCUUAAACAAUGGGACGUUACCACGUGGCCAUUCCUUGCGACCGCGGUUCCCAUUAUUUUCAUUUUUCUUCCGAUAUCAUGGGCUGAAUAUCUAUAUAACAAAUACAUAGCUUCACAUGGCGAUGAAACACCAAACAAUAUCUUACUGAAGUGUAUCUAUAAGAUGUCGGGUGUGAUGACCAACAAUUUCGCUGUGAGGCUGGUCAUUUUUUUAAUGAUCUACAUAAGUUUUUUGGUCUGCGUUAUGGGGGACGUGAUGGAAUGCAGGGAUAGUUUAGAAGAAGAAAUUAACAUAAUUGACCAUAAUGGCACUAGUUUUAAAACAAGUUUUUUAAAUUUAUUAAUUUAUAGAGAUAAGGAUAUUUAUAAUUUGAGUAUGCUCAAUUGCGUGCUUCCUUGGCAUAUGACUGAAACAUGUGCCAUGACUGUGAUAAUGACGUUUUUAUUUCUAAGGAUCUUUAUUUGGAUAAAACUGUUAUUAGGAACGAUAACUAUCACUCUCUAUGCCUAUUGCGUGCUCAGUGUCAGCAAAGGAUAUUAUAAGGAUAGCGAAACAUUCAACCACCUUCUCGAUCCCCAAGUUGCGCAUAUCAUGUCAACGGUUUUUCUGAUUAUCACUCUGCAUUUGGUAGAUCGACAGACUGAUUACAUGAAUCGACUGGAUUAUUUGUUAAAUAGAAAAUUCAAAUUCGAACAAAACGAGGCAAAUUUACUACAAAAAGUCAACGAGAAUUUGUUAGUAAACAUUUUGCCAAAGCACGUAGCGAAUCUGUAUCUGGAUGUGAGCCGAGAACAAAAAGAAUUGUAUUUUGAAGAGCAUGAUAAUGUGGCUGUUAUGUUCGCAUCAAUUAUAACCGAGGAUGAAUUGCAGCAAAUUUUAGACGAGAAGGAAUUUUUAACGUUAAUGAAUGCUUAUAUACUGAAGUUCGACGUGCUCACUAACAGAGAACAAUAUCAUAAUAUAGAAAAAAUAAAAAUUGCCAAAUGGACUUACAUGGUCGCAUGUGGGCUGUUUGAUAGACACACGCCAGAUGCUGAACGACACCAAACUAGCUCCAGCAUGCAUACGUUGCUCUGUUUUGCGUCUGAUAUGUUCAAGAAGCUAAACGAUGUUAAUAGGCAAUAUAUGCAGAAUUCACGAUUGAGGAUUGGUAUAAGCCACGGACCAAUUGCAGCAGGCGUGGUCGGUAGCAAAAAACCCUUGUAUGAUAUUUGGGGCGACCCAGUUAACAUGGCAUCCAGAAUGGACAGCACUGGUAUUCCAGACCGUAUUCAAGUGUUGGAGCAGACCGCAGAAGUCAUACAGAAGCUUGGAUAUAAGUGUACCGAAAGGGGUAACAUUCAAGUCAAGGGCAAGCAUGGAAAACUGAAGACGUUUUUUGUGGACAUAGAUGAAAAUUUCAACUUGGUUAGAGAAGAUGUGUAUAGUAAUGGGAUAAGUCAGAAGGCUUGAGAGUAGUGUGUGUAUAUUGUGUGUUUAUAUUUUUGUAAAUGACAAAUGAAUAUAUUUAUUUAUUUUAUUAUAA